AUCACUCAUUACUUUCUUUCUUUCUUCUGAAACCCUUUGUUUCAGAACCGCUAGUUCCUCUUUCCUGCACUACAGCUCCGCAGCGGCUUUAAUAUUCUCCUUCUUUGGAGUUGUAAAUCGUACUCUGAAUUGUUAAAGUUGUUUUUGGCCAGCGCGCGCUUACUGUAAAGCUUCCACUUCCCCACCUCUCUCUCUCUCUCUCUCUCUCUUUCUAGUUGUACAAGUUUCCAUGAGUUUCACCUUUGUUAUUUCUCUCUUCUUCCGCUGAGUACUGGAGGAAAGAACUGCUGUGGCUGUAAGGCUGUAACUGCGACGGGCAUCGGAGAGGGCGAAGAUUCCGGACGCAUGCAGCAGCAAGGAGGGUCCCAGUAUGGGGUGCCUCCGCUGGAAAUGGUCCCGCAGUUUUCUUCAGCUUCGGCAGGGGCUCGGCAGCCGCGGAUGAUUGGAAUUCAUGGCGGGGCCGACCAUAUACAGCAUCAUCCGGCAGCGGAGGCCGUCUCACCAAUCAGCAGCCGGUCGGUGCCGCAGUCUCAGGCUGGUGUGUCUCGCUCGCCGGCCACGUUUUUUGAUGAAUUGGGAAGCGGCGGCAGCGGCGGAGCGGUGACGAGGAGUUUCGCCGACGAAGAGGCGCUUGCUGCCGGCGACGAGGGAGAGAGAGGCGGAAGCGUUGGAAGCCGGUGGCCGAGGCAGGAGACGCUGGCGCUGCUUAAGGUCCGGUCGGAGAUGGAUGCCGCUUUCCGCGACGCCACGCUGAAGGGCCCUCUAUGGGAGGACGUCUCGAGGAAGCUCGCUGAACUUGGCUACAAAAGAAGCGCAAAGAAGUGCAAGGAGAAGUUCGAGAACGUCCACAAAUACUACAAGCGCACAAAAGAAGGCCGCGCCGGACGCCAGGAUGGCAAGAGCUACCGCUUCUUCAGCCAACUUGAAGCUCUCCACAGUGCCACCGCUACCCCCGCCACCGUCUCUUUGUUCUCUUCCGCGUCCAAAACUGCCGAUGCAUCUGUUCCUAGUGGCUCUUCAAUGGCAGCUCCACCAGCUGAUAGAAUCCAACCACCACCUCCCCAGCUCUCUGCUCUGGGGCCCGACAUGCCACCAAUAGCCGCCGCCGCGGGCAUCAGCUUUUCUUCUAACACGUCCUCUUCUUCAUCCUCGGACUCCGAUGAAGACACGGACGAUGGAGGCGCCGGCGACGGCAGCAGGAAGAGGAAGAGGGAAGGGUGGCCGUGUGGGAGGGGAAAGACGAUGGCUUUCUUCGAGGGACUAAUGAAGCAGCUGAUGGAGCAGCAAGAAGCAAUGCAGCAGCGCUUCUUGGAAACGAUCGAGAAGCGAGAGCAGGACCGGAUGUUUAGGGAGGAGGCGUGGAAGCGACAGGAGAUGGCUCGGCUUAAUCGUGAGUACGAGCUAAUGGCGCAGGAGCGCACCAUGACGGCGAAUCGUGAUGCCGCCGUCAUCUCCUUUCUGCAGAAGUUCACCGGCGGAGUAACUAAUCCGCCGAAUCCAUUGCUGGAAGUUGCCACCGUCUCUGCUCCAGCAGCUCAUGAACCAUCGCCGCCGCCGCAGGAAGAUCUGCCUGAGAGCCAGAGAAGCCAACAAGGCAAUGAGAUUGUAAUCCAUCAGCCCUCAGUAUCGUCUGAACCGACCGCUUCAGCGGCAGAGGUGGCACUGGAGGUUGUAGCAGAUGCUUGCCCCGACGUGGUUUCUCUGUCGAAGCCAUCACCAUCAGCACGGUGGCCGAAAGCGGAGGUUCUUGCACUAAUCAAGCUGAGGAGUGAACUAGACAUGAGGUACCUGGAGGCUGGGCCGAAAGGGCCAUUGUGGGAGGAGAUAUCUCUUGGGAUGAAACGGCUGGGAUACAACAGGAGCGCCAAAAGGUGCAAGGAGAAGUGGGAGAAUAUUAACAAGUAUUUCAAGAAGGUGAAAGAGGGGAACAAGAAACGGCCCGAGGACGCCAAAACUUGCCCUUACUUCCACGAGCUCGACGCGCUCUAUCGUAGAAAGCAGCAACAAGAGAGUGCUCCGACGACUAAUCCAGCGCCAUUAAUCUCUGCACCAGCAGAGCAAGAGAGUUACAUUGGCGACCACAAAAAUCCAGUUACCGUUAGAACCAACAUUGGGAAUGGCGGAAAUCAUGAAGGGAGUGGCUUCCAAAUGCCUAGGAGCAACGCCAAUGGCCUUUCUCAGGUUUUCUUUGGAGGAGGUCCGAACAGCGGGAGCGAUGCUGCAUUGAAGAAGCCAGAAGAUAUCGUUAAGGAGCUGAUGGAACAACAGAAUCAUGAGGACGAUGAUGAUGAUGUUGAUGAUGAUGACUAUGAUGACGAUGAUGAAGAGGACGACAGUAAGAUGAGAUAUGAGAUACAGUUCCAGAGACAAAGCGUGGGAGCUGCCGGCGGCUCUCAUGGUGGUGGAAAUGCAGCUGGAAAGGCGCCGACUCCGGCUCCCCCCACGUCGAAUGCAGGUUCUUUCCUCGCCAUGGUUCAGUGAUUCAUUCUUCUGCCAUCUCAUUAUCCUUAUCAUCUUCCUCCCAAACUAAGACUUCACCUUAUAAAAAGGCAAGUUUUUCUAUGUUGAUUUGUUGUGGGAAUAAGGAUCAUUUCAGGCCAAUUGAGUAGAUACCACUGAGGGGAAUAAUGUCACAUCAAAGUGCAGAAAUAAGCUUAGCCAAGAGCCGCUGCUAUUCAGUGUAAAUUAGAGGAUUUUUAGAUAAAGAAGGCAAAUUUCUUUGUAGCCAAUCUCAUUAAACAUGUUUAUGUGCAACUAAAUUGUAAAGUUUGCAUCAGAGUCUCCAUUGCAUGCCCCGCCAGCUCAAGAGAAACAUCAGGAGAGGAAAAAGGUAUAGGCAGGUGGGACGCGUACGUGUUUCUAUUACUUUAUAUCUGAAACUCUUAUUUUUACUUCUUGCAGAGUUUAGAAAUGGCCUUUAUAUAAUGCUGGUUUGUGACAAAAUGUACAUUAGUUGGAAAAGACAAAGAGUGUAUUAUAGAAGCUAUAGUAUUUGCAAU